AUGGCAGCCUCAAAUUCUGCAGUGACAUCUAUUGGCCAGAGUCAAAAGGUGCCUGGUUUUGCCAAGCUUCAGGGUGAAAAUUUUGUGUACUUUAUACAAACUUAUUCAGUCAUCUUGGGGCGCAACACUGAAAGCUAUACUGUAGACUUUGAUCUCUCAAAAUAUGAAUGCGGAAGCCAACGAGUUUCCCGUUGCCAUGCAUGUAUAUUCUAUGACUUUAAACUCCACCAUUUUGCCAUUAAAGUCAUUGGAAGAAAUGGAUGCACCAUUCGGGAGGUCUCUUAUCUCCCAGGUAGUGUCCCUAUUAAAUUGAAUUCUCAGGACCUCAUUGAGAUUGCUGGAAUAAAAUUCUACUUUCUCCUACCAUCUCACUCCAUCUUUGCCACUCUUGCUGCUCGGGAUACUACUUCCUUGCCUCCACAAUCUUCAUCCCUUUUGCACCCUGCUGAUUACCCUGGGCAUCGAAAUGCUAAUGAUUUUGGCCAUAGCAAUGGUGAGAAUGGGGCCAAAAUAAUCAAUGACAGGCAAGGAAAGUUGGUGAAACAAAACAGGAGUUUUUCUGGAGAAUUGGAGAUAUCUAACUGCUAUGGCAUCAGUAAUGCUGACCCCAUUGGAACGCUUGAUGGAUGCGGUACGCUAUCUCUGCUAUAG